CCCGGGCGUCUGUGAAAACUCCCGAAGAGUUGCCGCGAUCCAAGUCCCGUAGCGACCUGAAAGUUUUCUCGAAAGUUUUCUGAAGUGAACUUUUUUGCGAAUUGAUCAGCUAUAUUGGGAACAUCUAGUUUACAACCAGACGAGAAUUCAUUAUAGCAAUAAACCAACCUUUGGACGAUGUCAUUUCUCAAGUCCGUGUAAUGAACUUCGCGAUGUGGAACUCCACCGAUAGUCCCUCGAUGGAACUCGACAAUGCCUGGAAUCUGACCGGCACCUACGCAGAACGAAAUUUCAACCAGACUGCCCCAGCCACAAAUAAUACGUUCCCGAAUAUUCAAAUUUACACUAGCAGGAACAUUUGCAUAAUUCUAGUGUAUAUUAUUUUGUUUCUAAUUGCUGCUGUUGGUAACUUGACUGUUUUCAUAUCGUUGUUUCGGUCCAGGCAUAGGAAAUCUAGGAUAUCGUUGAUGAUACGCCAUUUGACUGUGGCGGAUUUGAUAGUUACGUUUGUGAUGAUACCUAUAGAGGUUGGCUGGCGUUUGACCGGUAGAUGGAUGGCAGGCAACGUAGCCUGUAAAAUAAUUCAGUUUAUGCGAGCCUUGGGACCUUAUUUGAGCAGUAAUGUCCUGGUAUGCAUUUCAUUGGACCGGUACUUUGCUGUAAUGUAUCCUCUAAGAGUAAAUGUUGCUAGAAAACGAGGAAAACUGAUGCUACUUGCUGCUUGGGGAGCUAGUCUUGUGUAUUGUCUUCCACAGUGCUUUGUAUUCAACUUGCGAUCCCACCCACAAAAUCCAGACUUCAAGCAGUGCGUCACAUUUGGAUCGUUCCCUAACGAAUUUUUGGAAUUGGCCUACAACCUUUCCUGUAUUCUAUUUUUAUACUUUAUUCCUCUCUCGGUCAUCGUCGUAGCUUAUAGCUGUAUUCUAGCUGAAAUAUCUAGAACGUCAAAGUCGCAUAAUAAUAAGAGCAAAGCUGUAGACCAGGCAAACGGAAAACUACGAUUACGAAGAUCAGACACAAAAAAUAUUGAAAGAGCAAGAAGUAGAACCUUAAGAAUGACCGUAACUAUAGUAGUAAUCUACAUAUUUUGCUGUACUCCGUAUACAAUGAUGACAUUAUGUAAACACCGCUCUGACGAUACGACGAUCCCUCAAUAUGCAGAUGUAGCAGUUUGAUGUGGUUGGCAAGAAUAUGAAAAAUGUAAAAUGUACGGAGUUUCAGAAUAAGAUAACAACAGGUCGAGCAAGGGUAAA